AUAUGUUCGAAGAGGUGAGUUUUAAUUAUGAUGAAAAAUGUAUUAUUUUUAUACUGGAUCAAUCAUAUGUAUAUGCAUAGGAUGUCAAGGGACACCUUUCCAUUAAAAAGAUUUAUAAUGUUGUAUAUUCGACUCAUGGUUGGAAAUAUAUUUAUUAUUAAAGGUAUAAAUGGUUCUAAUCCUUCUGGGACACAUUGGCAGCAGGUUAUGGGAAUAAUGAAACGGGUUUCAGUAAACCCAAGAACAAAUGAAAUAUGGUCGUUGACGUCCUUUGGAUACAUAUUUCGACGUGAAGGCGUUCCUAGAAUCGAAAUGGAAGGUGAUGCAGCAGGAAAACGUUGGCGAUGGAUUCCUGGGCGCCUAAAGUUCAUAUCAUGUGGUGACGUUGGGAUCUGGGGGUUGGAUUUUGCUGGACGUGUGAUGUAUCGUACCGGAACGAGGAUUGGAUACGGGCCAGGACGUACCUGGCAAUUGGUGGAGGGGAAAAUAUUGAAGCAACUUCAUACAGGCGAUGAUAUAGUAUGGGGCGUAGACAAUAACAACAAAAUCCAUGUUCGACUAGGAAUAAGUGAAAGUUCUCCGACUGGAACUCACUGGUUGCGCAUCGGCGGUAACCUGAAAUACGUAGCGGUAAAUAACAUCGAUAACUCGGUGUGGGGCAUUGGUCCGUUUAAUCACCACAACCUAAUCUUCUUCCGUAAAGAGGCUAGAUUAGUAAACACAGGAUUUUCCCCGUGGACAAAUUUCGGGGAAUGUGAUAACAAGUUUGGUUAUAGGACGAGGCUUCGUUAUUGUAUUGAAGAAGCGCCAGGUUAUCCAAAAGUAAGCUGUAUUGGUCCGACUACUGAUUUUCUGGAAUGUAAUCUUCACGCUUGUGUAAAAGCAUGAGUAGGUUAUGUAAAAUAUUGUAUGUUUAGUUGUAAAUAGACUUUUAAAAUAACCUUUAUAGUUAUGAUCUGUCUUCAAUCCUGGUAUUUGUUGCCACCUUAAAAGAUAUUUUCCAAGUUGUUUUUCAGAGAAAGAGAGAAAAUCUAUAUAUUUUCAGCCUUGCCGUUGUUCUUAUUUUGUUUUUAUUGUUUAUCACUUUUCAAAUUCAUUAUUUUUUUUUAAAUUGUUCUUAUAGAGAAAAGAAGUUUAUGUAAGUUAAGUUAGCUAUGAUUUACAGUUACAAUAAUAAUCAAAAAUUGAAUUUUAAAAUUUUAAAAUAUUGAUUUUGUUUCCCCAUAUUACUCAGUCUUCUUCAAAGUUCAAUACUUUUUCAGAUUAUUGUUAUUGGCGGAAAUCUUUAAGCCACAGGGCUUCUUGUUCUUUAGAGAAUAUCAAUCUGGGAUUUAUGGUUAAAACAAAAGUUCUUUUGUUUAGAGCAAUAGAAAAAUAAAAAUAAUGACCAACAAUUUAUUCUUAUAAAAAAAAGAAAUGCCUCAAACGGAAUACCACAAUAUAUUUUUACCUAAAGUAUAUGGUCCACUCACAUAAAAUUUUUGGAGAGUUAUUAUUACUAAAAAAACUUAAUCUUUUUCUUGGCGGAUGUCAUUUAUUCACCCUUUUUCCCAGGAAUUUCCCCCGUCAUUUCUUUAUAUUUUGAAAAGGCAAAAAUCUCUGGGGACGAGGGUGGUAAUUUUUUUAAAAACUUAAGUUAUCAAAAUCCAGGUCAUCAAUCAAUAUUCCGGACCAGAUUUGGGUCUGAUAAUCUUUACAGUCGGACCAAUCCCAGCUAACGGCUGGGAUUGGUCCCACUGUAAAAAAUGACUUAUUGAUCUAAGUAUUUAAGUAAAGAACACUGACAGAGCGUCCAGUGUAACUGCGGAGUUCCAGCAUUUAAGAGAAGUGUUUUUCACUUUGGAAGAAAAGUGUUUUAAACGGAAGAGAAGAAUGCAGAAAAGAAGAAGCGAAGUGUUUUUAUUAAGAAGAAGAAAAGUGAGCCAGAGGGCCAUCGUACAACCAACCUCGGUCCCAGGGCUUUUUUAUCAAAAAGAGAAAAAAGCAAGUUGAUCGUACAACAACGGCUUUCGUUCUUACAAACUUGGCGCUCAAUUCAGAAAAAACGGCGCGCCAUGGCCAUGAACUUCUUUUGUCUCGCGAAAUACAUUAGUUACAAUUGUCUUUUUGUAAAAAUAAGAUUGGUUCAGCGAGUUCUAAUAUAUUUUUUUUCGUAAUAUUAUUUCAAGAAAGAUGCUAGGAGAAGUGGGUGGCCUUUCGAGGAGAGUUAUACCUUGUCAAUUGUUUUCAGACGUCAAUUAGAAGAGGGUGCUGACUCUCCGAAAGUGCAGUAUAUGUGAGGCGGUCGUGGGCGAUAUUUCGGUCUUUUUUUAGAGUUUUCGUCUGUAACCGCACUGAAAAGCAUGGGCCCACCAGAAUUGUGUCCAAAAUGCAAUGCACACAAGCUCAUUGUUCUCAUUUAAAUUUUGUCGAGAAGAAGGAAGGUGCUAUUUUGUCGUUGUACUCUCAGUUUAUUAUUUGUGGGAUUUUAUUACAGCUAUUUAUGGAAUAAAUGAUGUAAAAACAGA